AUGAAAUUAGAUCAAUUAAUUAAUCAAGCACCACCAGCACCACCAUCAGUGACACGAUUACUGUCUGUUGGCCUCACUUCCACUGGUAGCACUAACUCUGGUAAUGCUUCUUUACUUCCUCCUCACCACACUAACUUCAAUUAUUAUCCUAAAACAGCUGCUACAAGUAAUGUUCUGACUCAACGAGUCAAUUUACCACCAAUAUCAGAUAUUUUACAACAGGCCCAACAUUACCUACCACCACCUCCACAACAACAGCAACAACAGUCACAAUCGGUGUCUUCAUACAGACAAAAUCAAACUCAAUUACCUCCUUUACCACUAGCCACUAGCAACUCAAUCAACACCACUUCUAAUUACAAAUAUUACGAUUAUUACCAAUCGUCAAAUAGUGAACAUCAACAACAUUCCUACACAAGUAGUAGCACUUUACCAUCACCACGUAUACCGCAUUCUGACAGCACAUUCCCUCCACACCAACCACACCAACAACCAAUGAUGUACCGGAAUAACUCGUAUCCUCCAGUUCAGCAACAACAACAACAACAACAACAGCCAGGGCAACCACAGUAUCACCACCAACAACAACAACAAUACGUAGGUGUGGGAGGAGAUUCGUAUUUCAGAAAUCGUACUCCACAACCACCAGUGAUAAACCAUAACCACAAUACUAACAAUUCUGGUUUCAACUCGACAUCAUCUUCAUCAUCUAUAUCAUCACCAUUAUCGUCGCCUUAUGAUUCGCAAAAUCGUACUAAUGAUUCUACUGCUACUGGUACACCAUCAAAUGAUUUUAUGAAACAUUCUUCUGGUGUACGAAAUGGUUCUACUAAUACUACAAACGGUGGAGUUAAUAAUAAUCGAAAGACAAGAAACAAUUUACCUAAAGAAAUCACAUAUAUUUUAUUACGAUGGUUGAAUGACCAUUUGAAUCAUCCAUAUCCUAGUUCAUUUGAAAAAAAUCAAUUGAUGAUUAGUACUGGGUUGAAUCAACAACAAUUGAGUAAUUGGUUUAUUAAUGCUCGUCGAAGAAAGAUCAAGUUAUUGAAACAACAACAACGUUUGAACUUUUGA